UCUGUGGUUCACUUCACAAUUUACUGACAGCUCUAACAAAGUUUUUCGCGGGACUAAAAUAUUAAAGCGUGGUGAUUUCUAUUAAUUUAGUAUAUCUCAAAAUAUUGUUUUUCUGAUCUAUAUCAGAAAGACAAGUUUUAACAAACAUUCAGAAAGCCCUUCUUUUAAAUAAGAAGACAAUCCCUCAGUGACGCGAGUAAUCGCUGAGAGGUUAUUUCAUUUUUUAACAUAUUGAAAGUUAUUUAAAAAAAAUGGCGGAAAACGAACCAGCAGUCAAUCCAAAAGCCUAUCCUUUGGCCGACGCUGCCCUCACCGCGAAGAUCUUGAAUCUCGUCCAACAGGCGGCUAACUACAAGCAGCUCCGUAAGGGCGCCAACGAGGCGACGAAAACUUUGAAUCGUGGGUUGUCAGAGUUCGUCAUAAUGGCGGCGGAUGCUGAACCAUUGGAAAUUGUUUUGCACAUUCCGAUACUCUGUGAGGACAAGAACGUACCAUAUGUGUUUGUAAGAUCCAAACAGGCUUUGGGUCGAGCAUGUGGUGUCUCUCGCCCCAUAGUGGCAUGCUCCAUUACAAUCAAUGAGGGCUCCCAGUUGAAGCCACAAAUUCAGGGUAUCCAACAAGAAAUUGAAAGACUUUUAGUGUAAGUGACUGUGUGAAGUUAAAAAUGUUAUUUUUUUAAAUACAAGUAUUUUAAGAUGUA